CGAUUGCUUCGUUUGUUAGGUAAUCAGUUUCUUUUUGCAUGCCGUAUUUUUGAUUGACGGUUGUGUCAGUGCUUCAGCAGUUUUUCAAUAAAAUAAAUCAACAUGGCCGGAUAUUUGGCAAAAGCAUCUACUAAUUUGUUGAGGAAAAACAUUUCCACUUAUACUGCAUUGCUUCGGUUCUCUUCAUCAGAUACCAAACAAUAUGAGAACAUCAUUGUGGAGAAGAGGGCAGAGAAUGGAUGUGUUGGGUUAAUUCAGUUGAAUCGACCAAAAGCUCUUAACUCAUUGUGUGAUGCACUUAUGCGUGAAGUAAACGAAGCAUUAGAUACAUUUGAACAAGAUGAAAGUGUGGGGUGCGUAGUUCUAACUGGAAAUGAAAGAGCUUUUGCAGCUGGUGCAGACAUUAAGGAGAUGCAGAACAACACAUUUGUUGGAUGUCUUAAGGGAAACUUUCUUGGACACUGGUCUGAAAUCGCACAAAAGAAAAAACCGAUCAUUGCAGCUGUGAAUGGAUUUGCUCUUGGUGGAGGUUGUGAGUUAGCAAUGAUGUGUGAUAUUAUUUAUGCCGGGGAUAAUGCACAAUUUGGUCAACCAGAAAUUUUACUAGGAACCAUACCAGGUGCUGGUGGUACUCAACGAUUACCAAAGUUUGUUGGCAAAUCACUGGCAAUGGAAAUGGUGUUGACUGGAAAUAGGUUUGAUGCCCAAACUGCACUCACAGCUGGUUUGGUGAGCAAAGUUGUAAGCAAGGAACUUCUUGUUGAUGAAGCAAUAAAGACUGCAGAAAAAAUUUCAAAAAAUUCACAAUUGGUUGUUGCACUUGCAAAGGAAGCUGUUAAUAUUGCUUAUGAGACAACGUUAGCCGAAGGUCUACACUUUGAAAAGAAACUAUUCCAUGCAACGUUUGCAACGGAGGAUAGAAAAGAAGGCAUGACUGCCUUUGUGGAGAAAAGAAAGGCAAAUUUUACAAAUAAUUAGAAUAUAUCAAUGUUAAAGAGUGUUUUGUAAUUAUUGUACUGUUUCGCUGUUAAAAAUGGAUAUGCAACUUGUUAAAGUACAAACCACUUUAAUCAUGACCCUGUGUUUUUUUUAAAAAAAGAUUUAAUUUACUUUUCUGUUUUGUUUAACAAUUAUUUUCCUGUUUGUUUAAAAGCGCUAGUUCUACAAUGUACCUUAUACAUUAUUUAAUGACUGAUUUAAUAAUCAUAAAUCAGCUUAGUCCUAUAAACCAUACUGUAUAAAAUCGUUCAAUCAAUGUUUAUAACACUUGCGUUUUAAGUACAUCGGGGGACUUGUUAA